AUGCAGUACACGUUUUCAUCAAAUAUUUGUCAAGACUUAUUUACUAUUUUUUUCCUUUGCUGUCUAGGAGAUUAUGCUACUGGGCAGGGGAAUAACUUCAAAUGCCAAGAAGAGGGCUACCAAGCUGAUCCAAGAGAGUGUCAAGUCUAUUACAGAUGCGUAAGUUGGGGCAGUUCCGGUCCUUUGACGACCUUCAAGUUCGAGUGUGGUCCCGGAACGGUAUUCUCUCACUCCAAGGGUAACAUUUGUGUUCACCCAAGAGACAGUGAGAGAUCAGAGUGCAGCGAAAUGGGAAAUGACGUGAACUCUGUCUAUCAACCACAGCAUCGUCCGCAGUAUUCAUCAUCAAGACCUACCCAGCAUUAUCCUAGUUCUUCAACAGCAUCCCGGCCUCAACAUCGCCCGCAAUAUCCUACCAGUAGUUCACCGUCUCGUCCUCAGUAUCCUAGUUCUUCAAGACCAACACGACCUCAUCCCCCUCAAUAUCCUUCAACACCAUCACGUCCUCGUCCACAACAUCCUAGCACUCCAACGUCACGGCCGCAGUAUAUUCCACCUCCAACAGAAUCACCGCAUGCAAAUGAGAUCAACCCUGAAGCUGGACCUAGACCAGGCUCAAAUCGCCCGGCCACUGGCGGACAGUCUCAGUGUCAGUCUGAAGGAUUCAUGGCUCACCCGCAAGACUGCAAGAAAUUCAUUAGAUGCGUUAAUGACGGGUUUGGAUCUUAUUCGACGUUUGAAUUCACCUGCGGUGAAGGAACUGUCUGGGACUCGACGAUUGAAGGGUGUAAUCAUGCCUGGGCGGUGAAAAGCAGUUGCGGUAGCUCAGGUGCUAGUCCAGGAUCAAGUCACAGUGACGGAAACUUACCAGAACCUGGUCAUCCUAGUCAAGGUCCUAAUUCUAAUCAACCUGGGUCUGAUUCUUCGGACCCAGAGUCUGGUUAUCCUAGUCAAGGUAAAGAACCUGAUCAAAAUCAAGACCCAGGUACUGAGCAAGGUUCUAAUGGCUCUGAAGAACCUAGCACUCCGGAUGAGUCGAACCCAAAUGUUCCGAGCCAAGGUCAAGAUUCAAACUAUCCCGACAACGACAAUCCGAAUGAAGAAUCUCCGGAUCAAGAAUCAAAUCCAAGUGUCCCAAGUGGAGAUUCCGGGUACCCUGGUCAGAAUUCCCCUGGUCAAGAUCCCGAUAAUCCAAACGAACCUGGUGAAGACUCUGACUAUCCCGAUUUCCGGCCAUCUUCACCGUACCCUCUGUACCCUCCGGGGCCCGAACCACCCUCAGCAACAACUGAAUCACUUGACGCGUCAACAGUCAGACAACCGCUGGCAACUAAACCUCCCAGCUCUGCUGCUAGUCCUGCGGAACCAAACCUCCCGGAGUCCGAAGGCCCACAAGCAGAAACGACUAACAAACCCGGAGCUGGAUCUGGAUCUGGAGAUUGUAAUGAAGAAGGAUUUUUCCCAGACCCAAAAGAUUGCCAUAAAUUUUUCCGAUGUGUCAAAGCCGACUCAGCAUUUACUAAAUACGAGUUUGAAUGUGGAGAAAGCACAGCUUGGGAUCCGAGUAUCCAGACAUGUAAUUACGAGUACGCAGUAUCAAACUGUAAAAAUCCGGGUUCGAGUGGGCAGACGACACCCUCCAGCGCUCCAACUGAAACGAGUUCUAAAGAUGAAGAGCCAGAUUCUGAUAAAGAUCAGAGUUCGUCUCCUCCAUCUGUUGAAUCUUCUACCGAGGAAGAUAAACAAUCUUCCCCGAGUUCAACAGACUCCAGUGAUACCAGUUCUGAUGAAACUCCUACCACUAGUACCACUAGUGCUAGCGCAAGUUCUAAUCCCGAAGACGUAGAAACUCCCAGUUCUACAGAAGAGUCUAGUCCUCCAGAUUCUAAUGAAACUCCACCAGAGCCUUCUCCAGAAGAAAAGCCAACUUCGACUACCAAAGAGCCUACCGAAUCUGAAUCAAAACCUACGACAGAAAAUACACCCUCGACAGCAGCUUCUGCAGGCGCUGAUAAAAAACCAAGUGGUCCCGGAAUGUCAGGAUCCAGUUGCAAAGACGAAGGAUUUUUCCCUAACCCUUCAGACUGCCGUAAAUUCUUCCGCUGCGUUAAAGGUGAUAACGGUCUUAUAAAAUAUAACUUUGAUUGCGCUCCAGGUACUGCGUGGGAGCAAUCUCUGCUCACGUGUAAUUACAUUCACCUGGUUGCGUCCUGUGGAUCAGAGACAAAUCAAGUAUCAAGUCCAGAAGCGGACAGCAAUAAAGAUAAAGACAAGGACGGAGAUAAAGAAAAGGAUGAAGGUAAGCCGACAGAAAAACCUAAAGAUGAAGGUGAAGGUAGUUCUAGUUCUGAUUCGACUACACAAGGCAGCAAUAAACCCACUGAUUCCAGUAAUGGCAGCAAUAAACCUUCUCAAGUAUCUCCGUCAGGUGACUCAGAUCGAUCUUUGGCUGAAAGAAGCAUUAAAAAAGCUGCGAGCACUUGA